UCUUGUUCUCAGCCUGCCCCUGUUUUUUCAGGUCUGUGCUGGAAACAACGUCACUGAUUACUAUGACUCCAACACCACCAUCGACUACAACGAGUUCGAGGUCCUGUGUGAGAAGGAUGAUGUCCGUAACUUCCGCGCUGUCUUCCUCCCAGCCAUGUAUGCCCUCAUCUGCUUCACAGGGCUGCUGGGGAAUGGGCUGGUGGUGCUCACCUACAUCUACUUCAAGAGGCUCAAAACCAUGACAGACAUCUACCUGUUGAACCUGGCUCUGGCAGACAUCCUCUUCCUGCUGACUCUCCCCUUUUGGGCCAUAACUGUAGCCAAGCACUGGCUUUUUGGGAAGUUUGCUUGCAAAGCUGUGUAUUGCAUCUGCAGAAUGAGUUUCUUCAGUGGGAUGCUGCUCCUCCUGUCCAUCAGCAUUGACAGGUACUUUGCCAUUGUCCAGGCUGCCUCAGCCCACCGCUUUCGUCCCCGGAUGAUAUUCAUCAGCAAGGUUACAUGCAUCCUCAUUUGGCUCCUGGCCUUCAUCCUCUCAAUCCCCGAGUUGGUUCACAGUGGUGUAAAUAACGUGAACAACAAUCCCCAUUGCUCCAUCAUCGCUCACGACUUGCAGACCUUCAAUGCUGGCAUCAAAGUGUCCCAAAUGGUUUUUGGCUUCUUAUUCCCCUUGCUGGUCAUGUCUGCCUGCUACCUCAUCAUCAUCAAAACAUUACUGCAGGCCCGCAACUUCGAGAAGAAUAAAGCCAUCAAGGUCAUCAUUGCCGUGGUCAUUGUCUUCGUUGUCUUCCAGCUGCCCUACAAUGGGGUCAUGCUGGCCAAGACCAUCUCAGCCUUCAACCGCACCAGCUCGUGUGAGGAGAGCAAGCAGCUGGACGUGGCAGAUGAUGUGACCUACACCCUGGCCUGCUUCCGAUGCUGCCUCAAUCCUUUCCUCUAUGCCUUCAUUGGCAUCAAAUUCCGCAACGACCUCUUCAAGCUUCUGAAGGAAUUGGGCUGCCUGAGCCAGGAGCGCCUCUGGCAGCUCUCGACCUGCCGCGAGAGCAAGAGGUUCUCCUAUGCCAUGGAGACAGAGACAACCACAACCUUCUCCCCUUGA